AGCAUGAAUAAGGAAUUGGACUCCAAUUUUUCUGAACCUAGUCCUCAGACCUGGAGCGUCAGUGGCAUGAAAGAAGAGCCCUACGUGGACAUGAACAUGACCUAUGUAGAUUACUACCUCCACCAACCUCAAGUGGCAGCUGUUUUCAUCAUCUCCUACUUUUUCAUCUUUGUCCUAUGCAUAGUGGGGAAUUCGGUAGUCUGCUUCAUUGUGGCAUGGAACAAACACAUGCACACAGUCACUAACUUCUUCAUCUUGAACCUGGCCAUCAGCGAUUUGCUGAUAGGAAUUUUUUGUAUGCCCAUAACUCUCUUGGAUAAUAUCAUAGUAGGAUGGCCCUUUGGAAGCACAGUUUGCAAGAUCAGUGGAAUGGUCCAGGGCAUAUCAGUGGCCUCUUCGGUCUUCACUUUGGUAGCCAUAGCAGGGGAUAGGUUUCGAUGCAUUGUGUACCCAUUUAAGCAAAAGCUGACCAUGCAGGCAGCAUUAGGAAUUGUUGUGAUCAUUUGGGUCUUGGCCAUCACCAUCAUGUCUCCUUCUGCAGUCAUGCUACAUGUACAGGAGGAAAAAUAUUACCGAGUGAGGCUUAGCUCCACAAAUGAAACCAGCCCUCUCUAUUGGUGCCGUGAGAACUGGUCAAGCCAGGAAAUGAGGAAAAUCUAUACCACUGUGUUAUUUGCCAACAUCUACCUAGUCCCUCUGUUCAUCAUUGUGCUCAUGUAUGGCAGAAUUGGGAUUUCACUCUCUAGGACUGCAAAGCCUUUAAGGGUCAAGCAGACACUGGAGAAGAGACAUAUGGUGUCUAAGAAGAAGCAGAGGAUCAUCAAGAUGCUUCUGAUUGUAGCUUUGCUUUUUAUGUUAUCCUGGCUACCUCUUUGGACUUUGAUGAUGCUCUCUGACUACAGCAACCUCUCUGAUUACCAGAUGCAGAUCAUUAAUAUCUAUGUCUACCCUUUUGCACACUGGCUGGCCUUCUGCAACAGCAGUGUAAACCCCAUCAUCUAUGGCUUCUUCAAUAAGAAAUUCCAGGGUGGUUUCCAGGAUGCUUUUCGGUUCCAGAUCUGCCAUAGGAGGGUGGAAGAAGUUUACCCACAAGGGACUAAGAGUAAGGUUGUCAUAGCCAUGUCUACCCAACUGGCACAAGAGCCUUCAUUUCAGAAUCCCCAAGAGGAACCUUAAAUACCCCAGCCAAGACCAAACAGGAACUGACCCUCAAAGACCUAGAAGAUGCUUCUGAGAACAAGGGCAUUACAAAAGAGCUGACGUACAGAUAUUCCAGAAACUACUGCUACAUGACUAGACAGAGCUCCUCUUUCAAGGAUCUUGAUUUCACUUCAAUGGGCAGAGUCUAAUUAUUUUAAGAAUUAUACUUUUUGAAAGCACUCUCUCAUAUAUAUAUAUAUAUGUAUUAGAUAUAUAGAAGAUAUAUGACAAAAAGAUAAUAGAUGGGAGAUAAGAGAUAGAGGAUAUAUGAGAAAAACAUACAAGAUAGAUGAUUAGAUAGAUAGAUAGGUAGAUAGAUUGUAAAAAAGAAAGAAAGAAAGAAAGAAAGAAAGAAAGAAAGAAAGAAAGAAAGAAAGAAAGAAAGAAAGAAAGAAAGAAAGAAAGAAAGAAAGAAAGAAAGAAAGAAAGAAAGAAGGAAGGAAGGAAGGAAAGAAAGAAAGAAAGAAAGAAAGAAAGAAAGAAAGAAAGAAAGAAAGAAAGAAAGAAAGAAAGAAAGAAAGAAAGAAAGAAAGAAAGAAAGAAAGAAAGAAAGAAAGAAAGAAAGAAAGAAAGAAAGAAAGAAAGAAAGAAAGAAAGAAAGAAAGAAAGAAAGAUUGAGGAUCUAUUCUUACAUCACUUAACUUGCAACCAGUAAGUGGCAAAGUAGAAAUCCUCACAUAUUAUAACUUCUUGGCCAACACAAAGGUGGGAAUUUCUCUUCUAAGGCCUCAUAGCUCCUCAUAGAGCAAGCAUGGGGAUGGGUCUGAAGAAGCCAACCAAUGGAGUAUGUGCUGAAUCUCCAUUCAUCUUAUUAUCCUGCUAAACUCAGAUUUGUCUAAAAGUUGCCUUCUUUGGAAUGGAGGAAUUUCUUUGUGGUAGGGGAAAAAUCAAAUCCAUAUAGACUAGGCUAGUUUUUGCCUAAUGGGCAAUAAAACCAUCCUCAAGACCUAAUUGGCCCAAGAGACUAAGAUUCAAGCCACUGAUGUAGCUUCAAAUGUUCAAGUAACCUUCAGGCUUGAUAUACCCUUCUGACUAGGCAUCCUGCUAUGGUGAAUGUGGAGGUUGUGCUAGAUCUGAGCCCAUAAGAAACCACUAAAUAGCCUUUCCAUGUCAUUGUUAAAUACAAUCUCCUUUCAUUAAAAGUUAGAUGGUCUAGAAGCAUUUAAUUUCAUUCCUACCCUGUUGUGAUUCAGGCCUAACUCAGGAGGUGCCCCCACCAGAAAGGAAGUUCCUUAAGAGCAGGGACUGUUUUGUUUUUGUUUUUGAAACAUAAGGACCUAGCAUGGUGCCUUGCACACAAUAGGCAUUUAAUAAAUACUUGUUUUAUUUUUAAAUUAAUUUUUAAAAUAAAUUCAUAUUACUCUUCACCUCAA